UUUUGACCCCGCCAAAAACUUUUCCAACCGCAACCCUUCAUCUUCGCCAUCUUUCUAGCUUUUAACCAUGUGCGCCGACCACAAUACCGAAGCCUUGAUCUGCUCCGAUGACCCAAAUCACCCCGCUAACUUGAUCUGCAGUCUCUGCCGCAACUUCUACACUCUUGGCUGGGUCACUGGUACUGGCGGAGGCAUAUCUAUUCGCGAGCGCACUCCCGACCAUGACCACAUCUUCCUCGCGCCGUCGGGUGUCCAAAAGGAGCGACUGCAGCCGGACAACAUGUUCGUCAUGGACUACCCCACGCAGACCUACCUUCGCAAGCCCGUGGAUCUAAAGCCUUCCGCGUGCACCCCGUUGUUCAUGGCGGCGUUCAGCAAGCGCGGCGCGGGAGCGUGCAUCCACACCCACUCCCAGGCUGCGGUCCUGUGCACGCUGCUCACAAAAGGGAAGACCUGGUCAAUCGCGAACAUCGAGCAGAUCAAGGCUAUCCCCAGGCCGUCCACUGGGGGCUACAUGGGGUUCUUUGAUACUUUGACGAUUCCUAUCAUCGAGAACACUGCGCAUGAGGAGGAUUUGAGGGAAAGCCUGGAGAAAGCCAUCGAGGAGUACCCGGACACCUGCGCGGUGCUGGUGCGAAGGCACGGAGUCUACGUCUGGGGCGAUACGGUGUGGAAAGCGAAGACACAGGCUGAAAGCCUGGACUACCUUUUUGAGUUGGGCGUCAAGAUGGUGCAGUUGGGGCUUGAUCCAGCGGGAGCGAUUGCUCCUGUAGAAUAAACAGAUACUGGGUGGAUGGUGGUUCUAGCUUGUGGCAGCGUUGCUGGAUGGUGCCGGACGGUACCUUUCUUCUCCGCGACCGUAAUUCUUAUUCUACCUGAAGUACCAUGUAUGAUGGAGUUUGGGGGUUUUGUACGGUUACCAUGCACAUUAAAAAAGCUUUUGUCUUUCUUUGCAUAAUGGGGCUCUCCCGAGG